AAACAUAAGACGUUAAAUAAAGACUUACGGCAGUUUCGUUACAAGCAUCGACGAUUAAAUUUUAGAUGCAAUCUCAAUAGCUUUCAUAAUUUGAAUUUAAAAUUAAAGAAAGUAUAGCUUAAAAUAUGUUAAAAGUAACAUAUAUAUCUUAAAUCCUUGUUUUCCUUGCAUUUUAAUUGUUCAAGGCAUUCGAGUAAACAUUAUCUAAAUAAUAAUUCCCCGAAAUUAUUUUAAUGAACUUCAAAUUUUGAACUGUCCCGGUUUACAGUUAUCGAAACAAGAUACAUGGGUGUUGUGUGUGUAUUUUCCUAUCCUGUUCCUGAAGGUAAAAGUGCCCAACAAAUAGUUGAUAGCCUACAAAAACAGGUAGAGUUGUUGGGUGCUGUUAAAGCUGGCAAUUUUUAUGUUGAUUGUGAAACAUAUCAGUCUACUCUUCCGAAUACAACUACUCAACGUUUGAUUCAUAUAUUACACAACAGUGAACAACCUGCUACAUGUUUUGCCAUUCUAGACACAGGCAAUUGUCUAGUAGCUGACAGUCAGUUUGAUGUCCUCAUGCAACGAUUAAAGGGUUUCUAUCAACAAAAGAAAGGAUCUAAAAUUGAAUCUAAAGGUCAAAGAUAUGAAUAUGGAGAUUUUCUCAUCAAAAUUGGGACUGUAUUAAUAGCAUCAAGUGUCAAAGGUAUCCUUGUAGAGGUGGAAUAUUAUCCAUGUGCCAUAAUCAACGAUUGCUGGAAUUUAAUGAAAGAACUCAUUCAAAGCGUAAUGGGUAAUAUUUUAGACAAUCCUCCUGCAACUUUAAAGAACAAGUUAACUUCAGAAUACAGUCCGUCUGACACUGUGCAGCAAUAUCUUGAACAUUUCAAUGUUUUCCGCAAAAAUGUCUCCACAAAUCAGUCACGAUGAUCAAAUAAAGUUUUUGCUAAAUAUCUUA